AUGCAAGUGAUCCUAACAGAGAUCAGUAGAUUCUUCAAGUCUGCUAAACUCAACAGAUACGCAGCUAGCAGGCUUCUCGAUUUCUCGGCCCAUUUUCUCAGCAUCGUUCUCCAAGCACCUGCGUUUCUCCUGGUAAACUCCCACCAAACAAUCGGCUUCCAAGUUCUUACCUUUGAGCUCUUUGAUUUUCGCACUCAGCUCGGAAAAAAGGGUAUUCCUUUCGGAAACUAUUUUCUGAUUCUCGGCGGUGAUUCUCUCGCAUCGCUCCACGGCCCGUUUUUCACGGUCGCUCGAAACCUUAUUCUCCUCGAUCAGGCGAGCCACAGUCUCCUGAAGAUCCUCGCAUUUCCUCAGGCAUCUGCGCAGAUUCUCGUCAAGAUUCAAUCUUUCGAGCUCCUUAGCGGCCAGGGUCUGCUCCAGGGCUCGCGCCUCCUUCUUCGCGGCGUCGCGCUCUCGGGUGAGAAAGAUGGGGUAGAGAAAGAUGGGGAGAGUGGUUUCAAUGGCUUUGAUGUUGCUGUGAGGCCCAUCAAAAACCCCUCAUCUCGCCAUGUUUGUACUGUAUAUCGCCACCGCUUUGCAGACUCAACGGACAACAACAAACAAACACUAAAUGACAUUUUGAGGAAGCUUCCACCAGACGAUUGUCACUAUUUUCAGCAAUUGUUCAAUGUCAAACAAAUACUGUGGCCCGCAGAAUCAGCGCGGAGCCGUCCCCAUCAGGGAUCAGGAUCGUCAACCACGGGCUUUGAACUGGCCCAGAUAAACUACAGUCGGUUCAAGUUCAAAAUCGACAGAUCGGUUUCGAAUCGUGAACUGCCGAUUCAAUGA